AGACUUACGGUCUCGCUGGGGAAGUGGGAACGGAGGAAAAGUGAGACGCUUAGACGACAUUGCUGUAAAGUUGAGUUAAACCAAACCUUCGUUCCUUUAACGGUGUAGUGUGACUGUGUGAGAGGUUCAUAGUUCAGCGAGGAAGAAGAAGAAGAAGAAGAAGAUGUCAGGCCCGCAGUGCUGUGAGAACCCACCAACCCUAAGCUCAAGCUGUGGCCAAGGGUUCGUAGAAGAAAUUGGGGGACUCAAGACCUACGUUAUCGGCUCAUCAGACUACAAGCGUGCGAUUCUUCUUGUUUCUGACGUUUUUGGAUAUGAGGCACCGAACUUGAGGAAACUUGCAGACAAAGUUGCUGCUGCAGGAUUUUAUGUGGUGGUUCCUGACUUUUUUUAUGGAGAUCCUUAUGCACCUGAUAAUGCUGAGAGGCCAAUUCAAGUCUGGAGAAAAGAACAUGGAAUGGAUAAAGGAUUUGAGGAUGCUAAACCAGUUAUAGCAGCUUUAAAAAGUAAAGGCAUAUCUACAAUAGGGGCUGCAGGAUUUUGCUGGGGUGCCAAGGUGGUUGUGCAACUAGCUAAGUCUGAUUACAUCCAAGCUGCGGUGCUUUUGCAUCCUUCACGUGUUACUGUAGAUGAUAUAGAGGAGGUUAGGGUCCCAAUUGCUGUUCUUGGAGCUGAGACUGACAAGAUAUCUCCACCAGAACUUCUGAAACAAUUUGAGCAGAUUUUAUCCUCUAAACCUGAGGUUGAUGCGUAUGUGAAGAUAUUUCCUGGGGUUGCGCACGGAUGGACUGUUAGAUAUGAUAUCGAACAUGAAGAAGCUGUGAAAUCUGCUGAGGAAGCCCAUCAGAACAUGUUAGAUUGGUUUGCCAAGUAUGUUUAGUAGGAAAAGAUACUGUACAUGAAGAAGAUGUGAAAUCUGCUGACAAGAUACACACAUUCUCUCCUUAGUUGGACACUAUUGUUGUUAUUAGCCUUUAAUUGCAAGGGCUGGAUGUUUGUUUACAAGUAAACCAUAUCAGCACCAUUCUGGAGAUGAGGUACUGUUCUUCACAUGAAUCUUUGGGGAGAUUACAGGUCGUGCCUCAGCCUGAAUAUUAGAAUCGCCACGUCUAUAUAUGCUACAGUAUAUGUAAUCCCAACUUGUGUUUCUUACAUCAAAUGAAAUAGGUGGGAACCUGCACUCGGUAUGUAGA